AUGGUCAACUCAAUGCGGUUGAAGACAGGAAGGAAAGGCCAGAUGGUGCUAAAGAUCGACCUAGCAAAAGCCUAUGACCGCCUCAACUGGGCUUUCAUCCGCGACACUCUUCUCGCGGUGAACUUUCCUCCGCAGAUGGUCCAGGUAAUCAUGGAAUGUGUAACCUCCGCUUCUAUGCAGGUAUUAUGGAAUGGCAGCUGUACAGAGUCCUUCACGCCUUCCCGGGGCCUCAGGCAGGGAUGCCCACUCUCUCCGUACAUUUUUACGCUUUGUAUGGAGAGAUUGGGGCAUCUCAUACAGAAGGAAGUCGAGGGCGGCCGUUGGAAACCCAUUCAGGCAUCGCCAGGAGGGCCUGCCUUGUCUCAUAUCUUCUUUGCAGAUGAUCUAGUCCUCUUUGCUGAAGCCAGCGAGGAGCAGGGCGAGCUGAUCAUGAAGUGCCUAGACCAAUUUUUCCAGGCUUCGGGGCAAUAG